AUGGCAGAGCUGCUGCCAGGGAGCGAGAACAGCUCCUCGUCAACAACCGACGUUCCCAGCUCGUCCAAAGAAGACGAGUCAGACGAUUUCAAUUGUGUCUACAGAUGGUUCAACGUGUGUCCACAGCACAGAGGGCCAUACCCUGCACCUCAGAACCCAGAAAGUCCGGACGACUUCGUCAUCCGGCUUGAUGCGAUUCAGUCUGUGUGGAUGCAGGCGGGAUGGCUCCUAAUGGCCUUUUUUGGUGGUGGUGCAUCGGUGCUGCUUGCACGAUGCUUCGUCAAGGCUGAGUCUCGUCUCUCGCACAAUUCGUCGCGAAAGGCAGAGACGUGGUUUUCGCCAGAGAGAGAGCAGAUGUUGGAAUUCAUUCUUGGAGUUUUAACGAUUAUAUCCAUUCUUGACUUUGCAGACUCCACGUGUGAGCUUGAGCAGGGCAAGCGCUACUUCGACGCUUGGAAACAGCCGGCUUGGUAUUUGGAGAACUUGACUGCCAUCCUGUUGCUUUUCUCCGUGUCUUUGCGGCUCUACACAGCAGACUUGCGCCUUUCAACCUUCCCUCGCACGCGGUAUUUCUUCACUUCACCGCUUCUUUGGUCAGAUGUCCUUGCCAUGACUCCGACGCUGUUGGAUCUCAUCUUGCCGCAGUCCUUCUUGCAGUAUGCCGACCUCUUCCCGAACCUCAUCUGGCUGCGAAUGCCGCGCAUGGUAGACGUGUCGCUGCGAGCCGGGCAUAGCGAAGAAGGCGCGGUGAGGCUUGGGAAUUCUGGCCAAACUUCUCUGGUCGAACUGGAGCACUUUGUCCAGAACUGGUCGAGUGCAGUCCUUUGUGCCUGCGCCAAGAUUUGUGUAGCCGAGGUCUACCUGCUUGGUGCCAUGUGGCUGGCUUGCAGCACCAUCCACUUCUUGACCGAGCGGGACAAUGAGGAGUUCUACUGGGGAUCUGAGCCGGGCUACCACCGGUAUGUCUCCAUCCCGUCUGGCAUGUACUAUGCUUUGAUUGACUUCCAUGGUGAGUUCCCGAAUGCCGACGAGUUCUCCAGACCGCUUGGGCGGAUGAACUCCAUGGUGAUCUGCAUGGUGGGGACGGCCUUGCUCAGCGUUCCUGCAGGCGUUCUUGGUGCAGCCUUUCAGGACCACAUCUCCUCGAGACUCUCUCGCGGGCUUCCCCUUCGAUCUGAGGAGCGUCGUCCCCCACCUUGCUCUGCUGCCUGGGGAGCAUGCAUGGUUGGCUUGGUGUUACUAUCGACUGCCAACUUUGUUCUCCUGACGCGCGUGUACCAGCAGCCUGUGCGGGAGUCACACACUGAAGGUCGUGCAUACGGUGCGGAUGGAUGGCAAGCCUCUGCGGUUGCGCCUUGUCGCUACCUGGACAUCAUCUUUGCCUUGCCUUUUCUGGUGCACUGGUCGCAGCGCCUGCUUUGCGCUGCGCACAUUCGUGAGUACCUGCUGAGCAGUGUCCAUCUCGCAGAUCUCUUGGCGUGGCUACCAUCGUAUUUCCUGUGCAUCUCCCUCCUGCUGCACGGCAGCUGCCAGGAGUUCCAGGGCAGUCAGCGACAAGCUUACUACAGCAGGGAACAGCUCGCAUUCCAUGGUAUGUGCAUGUUCCGCUGGAUCAAACUGGACAGUUUCUUUGGAGGCAUGUUCGAACAACUCCGGCAAGUCCUCGCCGAGAACUAUGUUAUCUUCAGGAUCACCUUCAUUCUGGCAACGGCUCUUUGGAUAUCAGGGUCUGUACUUAUGUAUUAUGCCGAGCGUGACAACCCGGACGAAGGUACUCGGGAUCACUUCCGCACCCUCCCUCUUUCCUUCUGGAUGACUGGACUGGACUUCACCAGCGAAGCUCCUGUGAACGACCAUUCUGCCCAGGGGAAGGCCGUUCACACGCUCAUCAUGCUGGUGGGUGUCGGCGUCUUCACUGUGCCCAUGGGUGUCUUUGGUGCAGCCUUCCGAGAACGUCUGGAUGAGAUGCAUGCUCAGCUUCUGAUGUCCAGGCCCAAUGCUCCUCGCAAGAGCACGGAAGUUCGUCGGGGUUCGGGCACGGCGGUGCUUCUUGCACAGGAGGAGCUCGACAACAUGUCCGUUGUCUUCAGCACACUGGCACAGGAACGAGCCUCCGGAGUUUAUCGAGACGUUCAUGACGUAGACGACGAGCAUCUCAUGAGACUGCAGCCCGGAUCUCGUAAAUACCGUUGGUACAGGCUGCUGAUGGGGAAGCGACAUCCAGGCAACGGGGCAGGUGCAAAGUGGCUUCAGCACGCCAUCGUUGCCGUGACUGCACUCUGCUGCUUUGCCUCCUGCGUGGAAACGCUGACCUUCUUUGAUGACUGCGAAGCGACGGCUGCGGCAGCUGAAGACAUGGACACAGGUCUGGGCUUCACUCUGCGUGCUGCGAGCUGCAGCACAUACAGCCACAUGCUGUCAGCAGUCUCAAUGCUGUGCUUGCUUUGCUUCCUGGCGGAGUUUGUGGCUCGGUGCUGGUCCCAUCCGCAGCCUUGGAAGAUGUUCUUGCAUCCAACGGGUGUGGCAGAUCUUCUGGUCAUCGCAGGCUCUCUUCCGAUCACUUUGGUGUACUUGGGAGGAUUUUCCGUAAGCUACCGGCUGCGGAAUUUCGCUGUUACCUUGCGCCUUUGGCGGCUCGCUGCUUUGGAGCGCUAUGUGCCUGCCUUUGGCGACUUUCUGGAGGUACUUGCCGGACGCGGCUACCAGAUGCUGCAAGUCUGCUAUGUGCUGACGAGCUUUUGGUUUAUCUUGGCUGCGUACAACUGGUACUUUCUCCAUGGCGAGUUCGAAGUGAAAAGUGAAGACAAGACGUUUGCUUGCUGGUACUCGAAUUUCUGGUUUGCAAUGCAAUUUACGCUGAUCCACAUGAGUGGCGAUUAUCCAAUGACUGAGUAUCCUGUGAAAGUCCGACUCGUCCACGCUUGCUCGCUGUUCUCCGCCUGGGCUUUCGUCACCAUGCCGGCAGCCAUGCUAACAUCAGCUUUCCAUGAUGCCCUGGAAAAGAGACGGAUCCUGGCAGCGCAACAGCGGAACCAGGCGCUUUGCAAGAUCGUCCGACUGCUCCGCCGCAUCAUCCUCAGGCGCCGCUUCAGGGGUGUCGCGGAGCGCGCCCUGGCGGAGCACUCCAAGCAGAUGACGUCUGUGGGCCUGGCCAGGAAGAAGUAUCCUCGCUUGGCAUGGUUGUUGAUGUUUCUGCACUCCGAUGAGAGAUAUCUUUUCGUGUUGGGAACAGCGACUGUCUUCCAUGUCGGUGCGGCCAGUCUGCGCACUAUCCCACAACUUCAACCAGAGGCGAUGACGUGGGAUGUUAUCAUGCUGCCCUUCAUCCUGUUCUUUGCGCUGAACCUCUUGGGUCGCGGGUGCACGGCCUUCAUGAACCCCAGCUACCGCUGCUCCGCGCUCUUCUUCGUCUCAAGCUAUCAGCGCAUUCUGCAGCUUGUGGCCUUCUGCCUCUACUUCUACCACCUCGCCAAGCCAGGUGACGAACGGCGGCUGAAGCGGGCCUGUGCAGCUCAAGUCAGCUUCAUCGUGAACUUUGGGCAAAUUCUGGGCACCAGCCCAUUGCUGAACCUGGUAUGGGCCGAAAUUCGGGAGUCCGUGAUCGUGAUGAGCUUCGCCAUCAAAGCUUGCGCCAAGUCGGCAUCGUGGACGAAAGCUCUUCGCUUGCUCUCCGAUCUCAAGACGAUGCCGACUACGCGGAACCCAACGAUCAUCAGCUACAACUCUGCCAUCAGCGCAUGCGAGAAGGGCCGCCCGGCCAGGAUCGGCCAGGUCCUGUGCAGUGCAGCCAUGGCCUUUGAAGCUGAUAAGGCCUCUGCAGCUGACGUCCUGAGAGAAUGCUUUGGCCAGGGUGGGGACUUCACCAUAACGGUGGAAGAAUGCGCUGGGGAAGACUCUGGCGAGGAUGGGGCGAUCAUAAGUCGGUCUGAGUUCAGAGUCUGGUCCGUCCUGCUCGCGAAAUGGUCCAAAGUCUUUGAUAAAAUGAUCAACUCUAACUCCUUUGCAGAGUCUGCCCAAGCCCAAAUGGUCAUCAAAGAUUUCUCUGCUGCUGCCGUGGAGACAUUCUUGCGUUUCCUCUAUUCUGGAGUCGUAGAAGGCAGCAUCCCAACUCUGGUGGAGGUUGGCACACUCGCAGACAAGUAUCAAGUGGACAAGCUAUCGGCACUCUGCUUUCGGGCCGUCCAAAAUAAGCUUCAGCCGGAAGUGGCGUGUGAACUUUUUGCAUGUGCAGACCGCUUCCAGGUCGCGGAUCUGAGGCGCCAGGCUCUGGAGCAGAUCCUGAUCUACCCCAAAGAGGCACUAAAAACUCGUCCAGUGCUCAAUCCUCGGCUGUUGAACGAGGUUCUGGACUCCCCGCUGCUAUGCAUUGAAGAUGCAGACCUGAUGAGUAUACUGCAAGGUUGGGGCAAGAGAAAGGCAUCGGCAACGGAAAACGAUGCCGUGCAGCCAUUAAUCGACAGUCGAGUGUCCAACCUGCAGAAGCGAAAGCCAGGCGAACACAGCACGGAUGUCUUGCAGACGUUGUGGAGCCGAUACGCGAACAAUGGGAAAACGGACACGUUCUUGGGUUACUGGGUGUCCAUCAUUCUCGGCACUCCCUGCAUCCUUAAUGGAAUCUACAGAUCUAUUGAUGAAGGGAACCGACUUGCCAUGCUGCAAGGUUGCGCCGCCAAUUCUCGCAAUUGCUUGCCCCUGCGAUUCAGCAAGGGGUGGAUUGUGUGGAUGCUUCCCCACCACUCGGUAUACCUCACAGGCUUCUCUUUCGCUCAUGUCAUCUCGAGCCUGCUGCACUUCGAAAUUCUUUGUUCACGAGAUGGCUGUGAUUGGCACCUGGCUGUGUCAUCGGAGAAGCGCGAGAUCCCGGCGAAGAAAACUUUGAGCUGCAGGCAGCCUCCCCAUCUUGUGAAAUGGUUCAAGUUGCAGGUCUUGGAAGGGGAGUUCAUCAACAACUUUGGAAUCCACGGUAUUUUGCAGACAGACUGCAAUGUCUGGGUGCAGGCGGUGGCCUUGCUCGAAGAUGCGCGCGCCGAGCGGCUUGAGCUGCAGGUUAUCACCUACAAUGCCGCGAUCAGCGCUUGUGAAAAAGGCUCUCAGUGGCCCCUGGCUAUUGCUCUGCUGGCAGAGCUGCCGCAGGUCGCGCUGGACCACGAUGUCAUCUCAUUCAACGCUGCGAUCAGCGCUUGUGGGCGAGGUUCCCAGUGGGCUGUGGCUGCUGCACUACUCCGGCAGCUGCAGGAGACGGACAUGCAGCUUACCGUUAUCACUUAUGGAGCCGCGAUUAGUGCUGCAGAGAAGGGUCAGCAAUGGGAAUGGGCCUUGAAGCUGCUAUCAGAGAUGCGGGGGCAACGCCUUCUCGGUAACGUGAUCACCUGCAGUGCAGCAAUUAGUGCCUGCGAGAAGGCAGGGCGUUGGCAAGAGUCAUGGCAGUUGUUGCAGGAGAUCGACGAUGCCACGAUCGAGCUGGACGUGAUAUCCUUGAGCGCGGUGGUCAGCGCCUGCGGACGUGCCUCGCAGUGGCGCCACGCGGUCGAAUUGCUCGGGGACAUGCAGCAGCGUCACGUGCAAGGUAACCUGGUCACAUACAACAGUAUGCUGAGUGGACUUGAGAAAGCUGGGCAGUGGCAGCUUGCCCUGUCGUGUCUGGCAGAGCUUCAAGACGAGCUGGAGCUCGAUGUCAUAACUUACAGCGCCGUGAUCAGCGCCUGCGAAAAGUGCGGGCGCUGGCAAGAGGCCUUGCUGGUUUUGGUCGACAUGCAGAGACGGCGGCUAAGUGGCAACGACAUCACCUACAAUGCAUCUAUCUCCGCAUGCCAGAAGGGCGGCCAGUGGCGCUUGGCCUUGCAGCUCCUUUCUGACUUUGACAUCCUGAGCCUGCAGAGGGAUGAGAUCAGCUACAGUGCUGCGAUCAGUGCAUGUGAAGCGGGCUACCAGUGGCAGAAAUCUCUGCUUCUCCUCGCGGAUCUGCUGUCCUUCGGGUUCGAGACCAACAUCAUCACGUACAACGCUGCUCUCAGCGCUUGCGCCGAGAGCAGCAGCUGGGAAGAGCCGUUGCUUCUGCUGACAGACCUGCAGGAGCUGAGACUCACCGCGAACACGAUCACCUGCAGUGUUGCCAUCAGUGCAUGCGAGAUGAAGAGCCAGUGGCCUGAAGCCAUGUAUUUGCUUGAGGACUUGCAGGCGAAGAGCUGCCGCAGCAAUCUGCUCACCUACAGCUUUGCUGUGGGUGCCUGCGCAUCUGCGGGUCAGGGUGACAGCCUCUUAUCACUGCUGCUCGCAGUCUCGGGAACGUUCUGGGUCCUGAGUGCCACUCUCUGGUAUCUUGCGGAGGGUGGAGAGCAGGGCAUGACGGACAUGUUCUCGACCUUGUACUACACUUGCAUCUUCCUCCUGGGAGAGUGGUGCUCGUUCGAUUUCUCGCCAGUAGGCGCAGGACUGAGCAUGCUCUACUCCAUCGUCGGUGUUGGCUUGAAUGCCAUGCCCAUGGCGGCUGUCCAGAUCGCCAAAGCCCUGGACGGCUCGGAGUUUCUGGGCCGGUCCAUCAAGGUGGACAAGAAGAAGGCCACGAAGGGGAAAGGCGAUGAGAAUGGCAAAGGUUGGGGCAUGUGGGGCAUGAUGGGCAAGAAAGGUGGGAAAGACAUGGGCAAAGGUUGGUGGGGAGGUUGGUGGCCGGGAGGAAAAGGAUGGAAAGGGUGGGGCCCAUACUAG